AUGUCCCAUCUCAAGUACUACGCCUAUGAAGGAGUUGGCGUUGAGAAUGUGCGCAAGUUUCACUACAGUCAAGCUGUGCGAAUUGGCGAUCGGAUUGAAUGUGCGGGCCAAGGAGGAUGGAACCCCGUGAAUGGCGAAUUUUACAAGGAGAUCAAUGAGCAAAUCGACCAGGCAUUCAAGAAUGUCGAACUCAAUCUUAAAGAUGCUGGUGGCAAAGGAUGGUCGCAAGUGUUCCGUGUGUACUCGUACCACGUUCCCAUCAACGACGAGGCUUUGGCCGCUAUGGUCAGGAAUUUCAGGAAAUAUAUGCCGGAUCAUCAGCCGAUUUGGACCUGUGUCGGUGUGCCACGACUUGGAGAGGAUGAUAUGCGGGUUGAAAUUGAGGUUGUUGCUCAUGACCCAGAGACUGUCGCAAAAUAG